AUGGAGUCAUAUUCAAUUUCCCUUUCUUCCAUCUUCUCCCGCCUUCUCCUUCUACUUCUCCUGCUCCAACUCACAAUCGUAAUUGCAAAGAAGAAGACGUACAUAGUGCACAUGAAACACCGCCACGACCCUUCCCUGCACCAGACGCAUCUUCAGUGGUACACUGCCACGCUCCGUUCUUCUCCGGAGUCUAUACUCUACGGUUACACGGCUGCUUACAACGGCUUCGCUGCCACGCUCGACCCUCAACAAGCCCAAGCGCUCCGCACUUCUCACGAUGUCUUGGCCAUCUACGAAGACACGAUUUACAAGCUGCAUACAACACGCACUCCCGAGUUCCUGGGCCUCCAGGCCCAUUCCGCCUUCUGGCAAGACCUCCAUCAGGCCUCGCACGACGUCGUUAUUGGGAUCCUUGACACAGGCGUCUGGCCGGAAUCUCAAAGCUUCGACGAUUCCCAAAUGCCCAAAAUCCCCACGCGCUGGCGCGGUAGCUGCGAGUCCGCACCUGACUUUGACCCUUCUCUUUGUAACAACAAGCUCAUCGGCGCCCGUAGUUUCUCCAAGGGCUACCGCAUGGCUUCUAGUAACGCCAGGAAGCCCAGAGACCUUGCCUCGCCUCGUGAUGUUGACGGCCACGGCACGCACACAGCAUCCACCGCCUCCGGCUCCGCCGUCGCCAAUGCCACGCUUCUAGGCUACGCCACCGGCACCGCGCGCGGGAUGGCGCCGCAGACGCGCGUGGCGGCCUACAAAGUCUGCUGGACCGACGGCUGUUUCGCCUCCGACAUUCUUGCCGGAAUGGACCAGGCAAUCCAGGACGGCGUCGAUGUCCUCUCGCUCUCCCUCGGCGGCUCCUCCUCCGUCCCUUACUAUUUCGACACCGUCGCUAUUGGAGCCUUCGCGGCAGUCGAGAGAGGAAUAUUCGUUUCAUGUUCGGCAGGGAAUACUGGACCUCGAAGCGGUUCUGUUGCUAAUGUCGCUCCCUGGAUCAUGACCGUCGGAGCCGGCACACUGGACCGUGAUUUUCCGGCGUACGCUACUCUUGGGAACGGGAAACGCUUCGCCGGCGUUUCGCUUUACAGCGGAGAAGGGAUGGGAGACGAACCGGUUGGUUUGGUAUAUUUCAGCGACCGGUCGAACUCGUCGAGCAGCAUUUGCAUGCCUGGCUCGCUCGACCCGGAGGCCGUGCGCGGGAAGGUUGUGGUUUGUGACAGAGGGCUUAACGCGCGCGUGGAGAAGGGCACAGUUGUGCGGGAUGCGGGUGGGGUGGGGAUGAUACUGGCGAACACGGCGAUGAGCGGGGAGGGACUGGUGGCGGAUAGUCAUCUUGUGGCCGCCGUGGCGGUGGGUGAAAGCGCGGGUGAUGAGAUUAGAGAGUAUGCGCUGUUGGAUCCUAAUCCAACUGCUGUUCUUAGCUUUGGUGGGACCGUGCUGAACGUGAGGCCCUCUCCCGUGGUGGCAGCGUUCAGCUCUCGCGGGCCCAAUGGAGUAACGGCCCAGAUACUUAAACCGGAUGUAAUUGGGCCUGGAGUGAACAUCUUAGCAGGUUGGAGCGGUGCUGUUGGGCCAUCUGGGUCUGAAGACAGUCGCAAAACUGGGUUCAACAUCAUGUCUGGUACUUCCAUGUCUUGUCCUCACAUAAGUGGGUUGGCUGCGCUGUUGAAAGCGGCUCAUCCAGAUUGGAGUCCAAGUGCGAUCAAAUCUGCACUCAUGACAACGGCUUAUACCCAUGACAACACACAGUCUCCGCUUCGUGAUGCAACGGGAGAAGAAGCCCUCUCCACACCAUGGGCCUAUGGGGCCGGCCAUGUUAAUCCACAAAAGGCCCUUUCUCCUGGCCUUGUCUAUGAUGCCUCCACGCAGGACUACAUUGCUUUUCUGUGCUCCCUCAACUACACCAUCGACCAUCUCAGGGUCCUUGUUAAGCACCCCGACGCCAAUUGUUCUACAAAAUUUGCUGACCCCGGUCACCUCAAUUAUCCAUCUUUCUCUGUUGUUUUCGGAACCAAUAAGGUUGUUCAGUACAAGCGCACGUUGACCAAUGUGGGAGAGCCGGGAUCUGUGUAUGACAUGGCAGUUACCGCACCCUCUACUGUGGACAUAACCGUUAAUCCUAACAGGCUUUCAUUUGGAGAAGUAGGGGAAUGCCAUUCAUACACUGUCACGUUUGUGUCAAAUAGGAGUGUCAAUGAUUCGGGUGCGUCUGAUUUUGGUAGCAUCACGUGGAGCAAUGAACAGCACCAAGUUAGGAGCCCUGUUGUUUUCACAUGGACAUAUUUUUGA